AACCUCCCCUACUAUCAUCUCGAUUGUUGCAUAAUCAAGCCUAUGUAUCUUUAUCGUAAUAAUAUCAGCUUUUUCGUUGAUGGUUCAGCUUCUGGUCCUGAAGAAUGGCGUAGUAACUGAUCUACGACAAAGUUGAUUUCUCUGAGGGUCGUUUGGAAGUUGCGUAUCUUAAAUCGUUGUAUUGUUAUGAAUCACUAUGAUAUAAAAUGCAUGCAUUGAUACAAUAGAUGCAUUUUGAAAUUACAUUGUUUGGUUGUUGAGAUUAUAAUUUAUGAAUUGAUUGUUAUAAAGUUACUUUAUAAGGAAAUGUCAUAUUUGUCCUCCACUUUUAAUAUAAAACAAAAAGAACUAUGGACAUAAUUGGAAAAAGUAAAUGUGCUCAAUUAUUAAACCAACAAUCACAACAAUCUCAACUUUUAGUUGAGAUUGUACAAUCCAUCAUUUUUGUUGAUUGUUGGUGGGAGCCACACAAAACAAUACAUGCAUUGUUUUGCAACUUGACACUUCCAAACGUUGUAUUGUGGACAAUGCAUGUAUGUAACAAAUACAAUGCUACCAAUCGCAACUUCCAAACGACCCCUAAAUGUAUGGAAAAUACUAGAAGAUACGAAUGUUUGCCUCAUAACAUGUAUCAAUUUAACAAAAUUCGAAAAAAAUCUACUAAUGUAAUAUAUAUAUGAUGGCUACUUCGGUGCACUCACUUUUUUGGGUGCACUCAGUGCACCCAUUUCUAAAAGUGUCCAUAAUACAUCAAAUUUUGAACUUUAAUUAGUACUCUCAAUCUAACAUGAUGAUAUGACAUAGAAUCAUAACAAAUCAAUCUAUUACCCUAACCCCUUAACCUUCAAUUUUGAAUCCCAAUGCAAAAUCCCAAACUGUAAACCUAAACCCUAACCCUAAACCCCUAAAUACUAAAUCCUUCAAAUUAAAGUAAAUCUCAAAUGAUUUUGUUUUAAUUCAUGGGCUUAUUGUUCAUAAUAUCAUAAGCAACAAUUGAUACCAUUUUGACAUGAAUCGCAUGCUCAGAAUGAUGAUUAUGAGGCGGGUGCGCUGAGUGUACCCAAAAAAGUGGGUGCGCCGAAUACGCCACCAUAUAUAUAUAUAUAUAUACAAACCAUUAUAUGAACAUGUUUCUGUGGUGUGACAGAAACUUUCACUCAAAAUAAGUGAUUGUUAUAUCUUAACUUUUAGUUGAGAUUGUUGAAUUAAUAGAUUGUUCUGUGGUGUGACAGAAACUUUCACUCAAAAUAAGUGAUUGUUAUAUACACAAACUUUUUAUUUGAUAUGGCGUACACAAUCAACAUACCAAACAUUAUAUUCGACAAUACAUAUAUAAUAUUAUACACACAUUCCAAACCACCCCAAUAUUAAAAAAAUAUAUAUAACAAAAAAAAAUUGGGAACCCAGAGGAGGGACUCAUAUCUUGCUAAGUAUUUUGCUGUAGAAUCACCGUGGUGAUAAACAUGAACUAAGAUCUCACUCAAAAGAUAACAUAUAAAUGGAGGAGAGUGAUAACGAGUACAUGAAGGUAGUUGGGGAUUGUGAGUAGUUGGAUCACAAGCAUCGGAAUGGCACAUCCCUACGACAUAAUUAGACAUAAUCUGCUCCAUUAAUUGAGGUAGCUGCUGCAUCACUAACUGCGGUGGGUCAUUGCACCAUGAUCGGUGACGGGAAAGUUGUCUGUGUGACAGGGGCUUCCGGUUUCAUAGCUUCAUGGCUGGUCAAGCUUUUGCUCCAACGGGGCUACACCGUCAAGGCCUCUGUUCGAGACCCAGGUGAUCCGAACAAGACGGAGCAUCUACUGGGCCUCGAUGGAGCCAAGGAGAGGCUCCAUUUGGUGAGAUCUGACCUGCUGGAACAAGGGUCCUUCGAUCCCGCCAUUGAAGGAUGCGUCGGAGUUUUCCACACCGCUUCCCCUGUCUCCUUCUCUGCCACCGAUCCACAGGCGGAGCUCGUCGACCCUGCAGUGAAAGGAACGCUGAACGUGCUGCAAUCUUGCGCCAAGUAUCCUUCCGUCAAGAGAGUGGUCUUAACCUCAUCUACUGCUGCAGUUUUCCACACAGGGAGGCGACUGACCCAAGAUUCAGUCGCUGAUGAGUCCUGGUUCUCGGAUCCAGCCAUUUGCGAACAACUUAAGCUGUGGUACCCGCUAAGCAAGACGUUGGCUGAGAUUGCUGCUUGGGACUUUGCAAAGGAGAAUGGGAUUGACUUGGUGACAUUACUGCCUGGUUUUGUGACUGGGCCUCUGUUGCAGCCAACAAUUUGCUUCUCAGUGGAGAUGAUUCUCAACUUGGUUAAUGGAAGCUUGGAGACAUACCCCAACAUAUAUUACAGGUCGGUUGACGUCAGAGAUGUUGUGGAAGCUCAUGUUAAAGCUUUUGAGACUCCAUCGGCUGCUGGGAGAUACUGCUUAGUAGGAAGCAUUGCCCACUUCUCUCAAGUUUUGGGGAUGAUACACGAGCUCUACCCAACACUACAUCUUCCUGACAAAUGUGAAGAUCGCAGCGGCAUCAUUCCGAGUCUGCCCAUGUUUACAGUGUCCACGGAAAAGGCAGAAAGUUUAGGGAUCAAGUUCACCCCAAUGGAUGUGUCUAUUAGGGACACCAUAGAGAGCUUGAAGGCAAAGGGCUUUCUUCAGUUCUAAAUGUUGUUGUUUUGGACUAUGAUCCGCAAAAGUGUAUCACUAUUCAAAUAACAUACUUCAUUACACCAAAAAUCAUAUAGCUUACCUUGGAUAAUAGCUUGCAAAUUGAGGAUGGCACUAAAUGGGAAAAUGCAUUCUAGUAGUAAUGUUUUCAACCAUCCGGCGGCAACACCCUAGUCGACAUACACUCUGAAAUCUGCAGCAACUUCCAAGUUCCAACCACUCUGAAUCUAUCCAACCCGGGAGCCUCAAUCAGCUUUCUGAAUUGACGAAUCUCCUGUUCCCUUGGAUGCUUCAGACCAGAUAGGCACCGAACCAACUUGCUUCAAUGUUUAGCCUGCUCACUUUGUUGACUUGGAUACAGAAGUUGGUACACUAGGCUACUGGCAUUUCUUUUAGUAUCAGGGUCUCCAAUUUCACCACAGACUCAUGAUGAAGCUAGAAUCAAAGCACUCAGCUGGAGCUAGGCUUUGUUGAAUCAUGGGAAAAGGUUUUCCUUCAGCUCUGAAUUACUUCUAGUGGAUGCAGGCUUUUCACGCUAAUAACAAUAUUUUGAAUAU